UCUAAUCUGAAAGCUAACCAUAGUUUCCAGAAUCUCAAUAGCUUUUUUUAUCUCUUUUUAUCAGAACACAAAGGUCGCCCUUUAACCAUUAUAAAUCACCAUUUGGGUUGUUUCUUUAGAGGCCACAAAAGAAAAAAAACCAUGAAAUACAAUGAGAUUUCCCAUUUCAGCCACCCCCAACACAUACUCAAACUUGAGUACACUGAAGUUCCGUUCAAGUGUGAUGGCUGCAAAGAAGUUGGAAUAGGCUCACGUUAUCGAUGCUCCUUCUGCGAUUUUGAUCUCCACAUGCACUGUGCGAUGCCAUCUCUUUCAAUCUCUCACCCCUUCUACACAAAAUGUUCCUUUCAGUUCCUCUCAAGGCCACCCGGUGUCUCCCCUCGUUACUGCAACGCUUGCGAAAAGGAUGUAACCGGCUUCGUUUAUCAUUGCAAAUCAUGUGGAUUUGACCUUCAUCCAUGUUGUGCAAAGCUACCAAUGGUUUUAGAUGAUGGUGAAGUGAAACUCUAUCUGCAUAGGAAGGUAAGUGCACCAUGUCAUAGAUGUGGGCGUAAAGGGAGGAGUUGGAGUUACCGGUCUGCUUGCAAAAACUAUAAUUUACAUGUUGCCUGUGUUAGGGAAAUGUUAAUGGAGAAUUGGCAUGAACUAUACUUUAAAAGUGGUAAGGGCACUAGGAAAUUGGACACUGGAAUUCCAAGCUUGAAAAAUACACUUCAAACCCCUCAUAAAAGGAGUAAAGGCAAGGUGAAGAAAUGUUGUGAGAUGGCUGCUUUGGCUCUGCAAUUUGUCAUAUCAGCUAUGCUUGGGGAUCCCACCACUCUUAUUGCUGGGGUUAUUGGAGCUUUGAUGUCCAGAGGUUGAGUUCAAUUUCUAGGUCUUCAGAUGUUGUCUGAUUGAUGCAAUUUAAUCACGCAGCUGUCUGUAAUAAGGAAAACCCAAAAAAAAAAAAAACAUCCAGGAUGUUUAGCUUUUGGGUACCGAAUGCAACAUCUAUUGUGAAUAAAUUUUAUAUAUGGUUAAGCCAUUGUCAUGAAA